CCUAUUCCCGAUCUUCCGCCUGCUCCCCGCAGCCCGGAGCGUUCCCGUUUCGCAGCCGCGCCGCCGACUUCCACCAUGGAUGAUUCCUGCGAUGAUCCCCCCACCUCUGCCGUGCUCCUGGACAGCUGCCACUUCUCCCAGGUGCUCUUCAACAACGUGGAGAAGUUUUAUGUUCCCGGAGCAGACGUGACCUGCUACUACACCCUGACACAGAACAUCACUGCUCGUGGCAAGGACUGGGUGGGCAUCUUCAGGGUGGGGUGGAAAACAACCCGGGAAUAUUACACAUUCAUGUGGGCUCCUCUGCCUGCUGCUGACCACAGUGGCACUGCUGUGCAGCAGAACAUCCAGUUCAAAGCUUAUUACCUGCCCAAAGAUGAUGAGUACUACCAGUUCUGCUACGUGGACCAGGAUGGGAUGGUCAGGGGGGCCAGUGUCCCUUUCCAGUUCCGAGCAGAGACUGAGGAUGAUAUCCUGGUGGUCACCACACAGGGAGAGGUGGAAGAGAUUGAACUACAGAACAAAAAUUUGCAGGAAGAGAACGAGGAGCUGAAAGCGAGUUGUGCAAAUCUCCAGAAGCAAAACGUGGAACUGCAGGAGGAGCUCAAGAAGACACAGGAGCUGCAGAAAAGUUUGGAGUCUUUAAGGAGCAACACAGAGAAACUGGAGCUGGAGGUGAACUCCCUGAAAAUGGAGAAUAAACACCUAAAGGAGCAGGGGGACUGCAGGGAGGCAGAACUGCAGCAACUCAAGGAGCAAAUUCAGAGUGUGAGCUCGGAGAAGGAGCGCCUGGAAGGCAGGCUGAAAACAGCCCUGGAGCACAUGGACCAGCUGCAGUCCCAAGUGCUGAGUUAUGAGAAAGAAGUGGAGAACUUAUCUCACAUGGGCCAGGACAAGACAGAGCAGCUGGAAACUUUAAAGGAAGAGAAUCACCAGUUACGCUUGAGCACGGCCCAGCAGCAACACGACUUAAUGAAAGAACUGGAGAAGCAGAAGCAUCUGUUUCAGGUCCUGCAGGCAGAAAAGGAUGAAACUGAUGAGGAAAGUCAGAAGCUCCGGGCUGAGAACAGCGCUCUGCUCAGGCACCUCUCGCAGGCCGCUGAGUUUGCUCCCCUCUCUGCUCUUCCUCGAGCUCCAGUUCCAGCUCCUGCAGCAGGAGACCUUCUGUUUGGAAAUCCUUACAGUGCUGCAGGAGGAAACCUGGGGGCAGGAGCUGAAGCCUCCCUGAGGAUAUGCCCCAUGUGUGACGAGGUGUUCCCUGAGGAUGUUGACACCAGUCAGUACGAGGCCCACGUGCAGAGUCACCUCGUGGAGUGUCCCAUCUGCACCGAGAGCUUUGAGAAGUCCAACAAGCAGGUGUUUGAGGACCAUCUGCUUUGUCACAAGCUGGAAUAAAUCUGAAUUCCUGUCUCUCUGUAGAGUAGGUGAGAAUGGCCCCAAAUCACUGUGCAGGCUCCACUCAUGCUGAACUCAGCUGGGCAAGGCCACUCCAACCGUAAUUCUGAGCUCCUUGGUCCAUCCAACACCUGACUCAGGUCAAACACCCACAGCCUGAAGCUGAAUCACCCUCAUCAAACUGAAAUCAUGUCUUGGAUGAAGUAUAUCUGCUUGUUAAACAGCUUGCAACUCCAACAGUUACUAAUUUAGUUGAGUGAAUAACAGGGAUCCAAGUGAUGGGACGUAGAACAGCAGUUUUCUGUGCUGGGCUGAUACAUCUCCAUUGUAAUUAUUCUUUAUUUUAGCACUGUGAUGGGUUACCAAAGACCAGAAGCAUUUUAUAGAACCUCUCAGGAUCACACUUUCAGCUUCUGGAAUGCAGAAUUAAUUAUUAAUGAGGAAAAACCUAAAUAAAAAUACAUCUUUAUUCACCAUGCAAAGCAAGUGAAAGCUAUUUCAUAAAGAGAUUGAAUUUCUGUUUGCACUCGAAGUCUGGGGCUGUUCCUCCAGCAGAGUGGACAGAGUGACUUGGAGGGUGAGAAUCCUGCCCUCAUCAUUUCAGGACGAGGAAAACCUGGGAUUUCUGAACAGGCAAGGUCGGUGUGGAGCCCACAGGAAAGCAGUAGCUGAGGAUAAAUGAUCUCUCAGCAGAACCUCGUUGAUUCUGGAUGAUUUUUGUGUGUUUCUAAACCUUCUUGAUUUACCAAGAAGAGCCUGUUCUUAAACCAGAACAUUGGGAGUGCCAGCUGAGUGCCUUGGGACGUUACGAUGCUUUGUGCACACACUGUCCAGUGAUUAUUGUUAUUUCUACUCCAGCAUUUUCAGUUUAUGAUUAACAGCUCUUUUUUCCAUGCAAACACAGGUGGGUAAAGGUUUAUUAUCCAGCUGUAUUAGGCUGUGUUUUCUGCUGAGUAUCUGAAGCAAUAAAAAAACCCUGAGGAGUUUACCUAGAGGUUUAAAAAUAUUUAGAAGUAACAAUAAUGUUUUCCUGCUUUAAUUCUACACAACCUUUUUAUCAACCUGGAUUUAAAGAGAGUAUUUUCUGUCUUGAGAUGCAUUAUACUGGCAAGCAUUAUUUAACAACCUGUAACAGAAAAUAACCACCAAGAAAAAUAAAAGCUUGUAUGAAAAA